UACAAAUCUAUUACAUUUAUUGAGGUACGAUUUAAGAUGGCUGCGAUAACAACUCACCAAUCAUUGAGGCAAGCGGAUUCAAGUCACAAGAUAUGUAUGUUUGGGCCUCAAUAUUGCAUGCCAGGACCAUUUCAGAUCAUGCUGAGGGAAAAGUUUUUCAAACUUAGGGAAGACUGUUUCAAAAUCACUGAUAGUGCUGGAAAUCUGUUCUUUCAAGUCAAGAAUCCAUGGAAAACCAUGCGCGAGAAGCAUAUAAUGCUUGAUGCAUAUGGGAACGAGAUUUGCAAAAUGAAGAAGAAGAUAAUGGCCUUGCGAUACACAUGGCACAUGAAUGCUGGCGAGGGUAUGGAACAACGGAUGGUUACAAUGGCCUUUAGACAUUUUGCCCUGCACACCAAAUGCUACGUUUAUGUCUAUGAGCCACCUUACCCACAUGAGGAUGAUGACACUGAUUACAGCAAUGUGAAACCCCUGAUAAUGAUGAAAGCAUCUGUCAUGGGAUUUGACAUAAAGAUAUACAAUGGAGAAACUGAUGAGCUAUAUGCUCGUAUGAGCAAGGACGUUGCCAGAGAGUUGUUCACUUCUCAAGACUUCUACUGCCUCUCAAUUGAGCCUGACAUUGAUGUUGCCUUUAUGACAGCACUUGCUCUGAUGUGGGAUUAUGCUACAACUGACAUGAAGAAUGAUGGUGCCGGUGGAUAAAAGACACCACAACAAUGUGGAAUUGGGGGACUGUAUACAUAAUUUUUCAGAUCAAGUACGAUGUAUUUUGGUAAAGAUACCCGUAUUAAAAUAUUAAGUUUAUCUAAGCUUUAAUCGUAUGUUGAUUUCCCUUUUAACAUGUGAAUUAGUGCCUUAUCUUACACCAUUGCAGUUGAAUGGUAAAUAGUUUCUCUCCAGGUCUGUUCAUAUAUCCUGUUAUAGUUAUUUGAAUAUUAGGUUUAUUAUCUAUAAAAAUAUGAACUGCAAAUAUUUACCUUUGGGUAUGUCUUGAAUUAGCCCUAGAGGACAGGAGGUCUUUAUUUUGAAUGCAAAUAAUGGGCAUAUCUUUAGCUUUAUUCAGCCCACACUAACAAGUUUUACCUUCUUUUCAUCGACCCAUUGCACAGGUUGGUAUUGUUACCCAUUGUGUUAGCAAUAAGCACUUAUCAGUAAUGGACAUGUAUUAAUUUUUAUUUUCUGUGAAUUUUUGUUGGUUUCCCAUGGAGUUUUAAACUUGAAUUUAAAACAUCAUUCAGGUUAGUUUCUAGCUAAAUCGUAUCACCUAACUUAAAAUGGUUGAAUUUUCAAAAGUUUUUCGUUACCUUGAUCUGAAAAUAUUCUGGGAACACUGUUAUUUUGCCCCCACAACAGUCGUAACCGACAAACUGAUAAAGCAUGAUUAGUGUAUUACAAAAUCCUUAUUUUAGAUUUGCACCUUGGAAAUUGGAAUUAAGAUUUGUAUAGACUUAUACAAAGAUAACUCAAUUACAUGCAUGAUAUACGGAUAAGUUUCUUAGUUUCUAUAUAGCGAGAAAAUCCAACUUUUGCGAGUCACAAAACAUUAUAAAUAUAAUGUAGAAUUGUAUGACGUUUAGACUGAAUUUUACCUGAACUUGAAGUUAUUAAACAGUGCGUGCAUGUGUGUAGUUUAAGUCUAAUUUUCAAUUUGAAAUAGGUAUAUUAAUAAAAUCUCUUCGACUUCGCUAGCUACUAUAAAAAAAGGUUUUCGAUCUCACUGCUGUAAAAUAUUUAGGUGUCAUACACUCUUGGUGUUAUACACUAUUGAUUUUGCAUCUGAGAUCCACGAUAACAGACAGAUUCUGAUAAAUGUAUUAACCUUACUUAUAUUUAUAUUGUGCGGCAAGACGUUUUUAAACCAGAGAGCUUAUAAUAGUUUUCUGAUAUAAUAUUGUUAACUUAAGGUUAACUGACGUCCAUGUUUAAACAAAAUUGAGAGAUUUUAUUUUAGUUUCUUUAGUGAUUUAGCUUAUCAGUGAUUUAGUUUUGUGUAAAUGUAUAAUAAAUCUUAUUCUUAGACCUUAUUGUUUCUAAACUUU